AUGUCCCUUACCAAAUCUCCUACUGACCCCGCUUCUUUUUCCUUCUCUGACUUGGACGCAGAUGCCCUUGCUCAGGAAAUGGCUGAACUGGAUGCUGGUCCAGCUGAAAGGUUCUAUAAGAAGAAUGGUGAGAAGGCUGUUGAUUUGAUGGCAAUGGGAAUCGGUCUCAAGACAUCAGACUUCCGCGAGGUUGGAAAUACUGAUGAGGAACCAUACGCAUCAAUGAAAUUCCGCAAGAAGGUGGUUCCAACGCAGAAGCAUCUAACCGAUGAGAUCAAGCGCCGUUGCAUCGUGGACAAACCCAACGAGAAGCAUCCAUCCCCAAGGAACUGGGACAAAAAGAAGUGCAUGGCCUGGCUUCAGGCCAAUCCAGUUGGGAAUGGAUCCGACAGGGCAUUCAUCAUCGCUGAAGAGAGGAAGUUGUACGACCUGGUAUUGAAGGCGCAGAAUGAGAAGGAUGAGAAGGAGAAAGAAAGAGCAAGCCCAUGGAACUAUACCGAGCCAUACAUUCGCUUGAUUGAAUGCAUGUUGGAUGAAUCCAUCAGAGACAAGUUCACUAAUAUGAAUGACAUCGGAGGAAGGGAUGAGCUUGAUGCUAGGAAUUCAGUUGAAAGGCCAGAGAACGUUUACGAGGCUUGUGCCCGUUUGUUCAAUGAUGACGGCAAGGUUGUUCUCUCCCGUGUCUUACCUGAAUUGCACUCUACCUUUUCAGAAUGUCUCGAUUGUUCUUUCCACAAGAUGCCAGGAAAAGUGACUCCGGAAGAUGUCAAGCGCCGCUGGGGUGACUGUCGUGCAAAGCUGAUCAAAAUGAUCUCUCGCUGGGAACUCAGUGGAAACGGGUUUGGCCAGAGGCACCAAGGCGACGAUGACUUCGGUCACAUGGAUGAUGAUGUCAUGGAGUGUGGUGACAACCGAGCCAACUUCAUGGAUUCCCAAACCAAGGAACACAUCUUGUAUCUGUGGCAUGUGGCCGACCAGGAAGAGAUCCUCAAGAAUGUGCUUCAUGUGAUUGCCGAAAGCUCUUGUGCUGAUUCGGAGACGUGUCCUUCUGUUUCAACUACCGAUGCAGUCACUGCUUCUUCUCGAAAGCGCCGUGCAGAUGAAAGGCAGCUGGCAUUCUUCCGUGCCAAGAUGGGCCUUGCCAUGACUUGCAUGUCGCGUGCGGCACUUGUGAAGGAACUCCGCGAGACUCAGGAUAAAGAAAUGGAGUACACCAUCAAGUUGUUGGACACUACCGAAGGAUCCAAAAUCCACGAAAUCUAUCUUGGGAGGAUUGCAACUUUGUCGGAACAGAUCGAAAUCAUCCAGGAUACCAUUCAUCAAAUGGCGAAGGAGGCCAUGGAAGAGGAGGACAGCGCUGACAAACCAUCCAGGAAGAAGAAGAAAAAGAAGGGCACCAUUGUCGAACAGCAAGAAGAAGUAGAGGAAGGAGAUUGA